UUAUCUCGCGGACUGUGUGGAAAAUCUGUGAUAAAAUGUUGUGUUUCUGUUGUUGUUAAAGCAUUCUCGAAGCCCAUUUCGUAAAAGUAGCCCUGGUUCUGUGCAAACUGGCGAACUCCGUAAACAAAAACCAACUGCGGUGACUCCCUCGUCCGUUCUUAUCUCGUAGCUGAUCUGGUUUCUAGAGGAAAAUACUAUGCACACGUACAGUGUUCCCGCGAUUAAGCAUGAUAUGCGUCACGAUGAAACCGUCCUCGAUGCUAUCAAUGCGCUGGAAUAUUUGAACGAGGUUGUGAACGACGUGUUCGGGAAGAUCAACGGCCGUAUCGAGCGUAACCGGGAACGGCUGCAGGCACUGGAUGCGCGGAUCGAGAAGGCCAAGGACGAUGUGCGCCGGCUGCACGAUGCCAAGGAGGCCAUCAUCAUCUACUCGCCCAGCCGUUACCCGGCGAGCGAUAUGGAGGCGACCGUUGAGCCGACCUUCACUGCGACGAACGGGAUCCGGAUGCCGGAGUGUAGCUACCGGUUGAAGGACAAACCCUACCAACCGUCCCACUCGCUACAGGAGAAGAUCCAGUUCUAUCACGUCAAAACCGUGCGUGAUGGCUGCGAGCGGAUCUUUCCAUUCGAACGAUCCACGAAGGCGCAUCGCCUGGGUAACCGGGAACGGCAGCAAACGGCCUACCUUGACGAGUUGCUUCUGUACGGUGAUGGGGCGUAUGUGCGCGAGUACAAGGGUCAAGACUGGAAACGGUCGACCCUUCGCAAGGGCUCGGUGCACGGGAACGUGAUACGUGAGGAGCGUAUCAUGUCCACCUCUUCCCCGAUGAUUCGCAGCAAGGUGAAGAAGAAAACACAGGACCUCUUCUACACGCCGUCCCUGAGCGAUGCACCGAAGUUGGACGUGCCCGUCGAUUUGCCCGAUUUGCCGGGGAUCGUUAGCAACAUUAAUUACGUCGGAAGCAGCACACUGAUUGCUCCUUCGCUGCAGCUGGCGGGCAUCAUUGAGCAGCUGCCCUCGCUAGAAGAUCUAACCAGUGCGAUCGAUGUGGCGGACCAUCACCAUACGGAUGGGACGGCGAAGCAGGUAAAGUCCACCACCGAUUCCAUGGGGCCAUCAUCAGCUAGCGACCAGGAGAAGCCCAAAACGGUACCGCCAAUCGUCGCUCCUUCCGCUGCAGCUGCUGCUGCUCCACCGCCGCCACCCCCGCCUCCUCCUCCACCACCACCACCGCCACUACCAGCAGCUUCAUCGAUAGCCACUCCUAGUGGAAACAGCGCGGAUGAUGCCGUUUCGAAGCCGAUCGCAGAAAAGCGACCCACACCUGCAGCACCACCACCAGUUGCUGAUGCUCACUUUAACCUUAUGGAAGCCAUUCGAAAAGCAGGCGGUGCAGAGAAGGCGAAACUACGCCACAGUAGCGCAGCGCAGGCGGAUCCAUCGAAUCGCCGGCAGCAAGCUUCCCGAACGGAACCGAAAAGUCUUAUCGAUGAUCUGCACAACAAGCUACAGAUGCGCCGAAAGGGCAUAUCGGGAGCACGCGAUGCUCAGGAUGGACAGGUUGCCCCGGUAACGAAUGUGAUUGAUCGGCUGUCCGCCUUGAUACCACCACCGCCUGCUAAGCUGCCGGUCGGUUCUGGCAGCGACAGCAACGAGGAGGAAGAAGAUUGGGAGUGAAUCCAGCGUGCAUCGCAGCGCACAGUUGAAAGAGCUCCAUCAUUUUGU